AUGACAAGGUUAAGAGAAAUUGAACGAGAAAUAAGAAAGCCGGCAAAACUAAAAGCAGUCCGGAAAGAAACUUGCCAACACCCGCGUAUUUUGAAACUGGAAAUAAGCAAAUCAGAAAUAACUGCUUUCUUGGAUGAUGGUCGAAAAACCAGUAUUCCCACCGACUGGUUUUGUCCUAACCAAGGAAAUAGAGACAGAAAAGACGAAGUAAGGCAUCCCGAAACAGGAGGUCAUAACUACAACUUCGAAAAAUGCCCCUCCUGCCAAGCCGUAAUCAAAAUAAUUAAAUCUAACGGCCACGGAGACCAAACCGAAGAAAUAAAAGAACAUGCUGCUAAUUGCCAGCAAUCCCAUUCUUCCUCAACUUCUCAAAACAAAAAUUUACAGUUUUUCAACGAAGGAGAAGAUAAAGAUCUUGGGGUUCAGCAAGCUGAAUCAUUCGAAGGACUCACAGACAAAGAAAAAAUAAUUACACUUAUCCAAAACGGGGAAGAAAUUAACGCCUUAAAAGAACGAAUUGCUUCAAAUGAAGAAGAAUUAAAGCAAGAGCGAGAAGUGGUUAAAAAAAUGCCAGAACGGCAAAUUAACGCAGACAAAAGAGAAAUUUCUCGUCUAAUCGCUGAUAUUGAAGAAUUGAAUAGGGUCGUUGAAGAAAAAGAUAGAGAAGCAAGCCAAUUACGACGCGAAACUAAUGAAGCUAAAAACGCCUUAGAGACAAUCAAUAAACUCUUAACCCAGAAAGAAAAUGAAACAAUUCAAUUAAUCAAUGAGUCAAGUACGUUACAAAAUGCGAAUGAAGUUGAAAACUUACGGCGCCAAAGCGAAGGAUACGAGCAAGAAAUUGCUAGACUAACUAAUUAUACGAGAGAAUUAGAGCAAAAUUUCGCCAAUAAAAGCAAGGAAUUAGAAAUAAGAAAGCAGGAAGAACAGGUAAUUAUUAGUGAUACAGAAACUGAUAACGAGCGAGGAGGCACCCCGAAAGUUUAUAAUAAAGACCAAGUUAAAGAAUUAGUAAAAAGCCUUAAAUCCUAUCAAAGAAUAAACCGCGAAUUAGAAGAACAAUUAGCUAACCAAUCCCGCCGUAAUUCCCUGAUUUCAAACACCAGUUUUCGUCUUCAUAGAGUUUCCACUAGUUCUUCCGAAAAUAUUAGAGGAAAUUUGUUUACGGAAGCGAAAAGGUUCCUUGACAGUCCAGUUGAAAACAAGAGUUUUUUUCCCUCCUCUCCCCAAAUAAGCGACGAGAGUAAGAAGAGUAACGAAAGACCAACACACCAAAGGCAAGACACUUCUGAUAGUGUAUAUACUGGUCUAAAUACUGAUAGUGAAGAGGAAAAACUCGAUUAUUUUCCGUUGAUUGACGAUUUAAGAUCCCAGUUAGCAGCCAAAGAAAAUGAGAUAAGAAAUUUAGAAAGUGAACAAUUACGCAAAAUAAAAGAAAACGAAGCCCUAACCAACGAAAAUAUUCAGAAGCAGAAUAGAAUUGACGCAUUAAGAGAUGAAUUAUCGUAUAAGCAAAAACAAAUAGAUGAAGCAAACAAAUUAAUAGCACCACAAAUCAGCCUUGACACAGUUGAAGAAGAGCAACCAACAAGUAAAUUUAAUGACAACCUUUCAGCUUCUACUAGGAAAAGGACUAACUCAAACUCCUCCUCCUUGCUUAAUUCUAACUGGAUUAGUCAGGAAUACAAGAAAAUUAAAGCAACAGUAAAGCCUGCUGCAAGAGACCAAAAACCAACUGAUUUUAAUGUUGAUGAACAUGAAAUUAAUGAGAGAAAAGAACUGAUUAAAGAAUUAGAAGAAAGAGUAAGUAGAUUAGGGGCAGAAAAUAAAAAUAUUAGUGAGGAACUUGCGAGAAAAGAAGCGGAAAUUUAUAGGGAAGCAGAAGCCGCUAAUUUAGUAAGAAUUGAACUACAAGAAACCCAAGAGUCUUUGGAAUUAAAAACUGCUGAAUUGGAGAAAGAAAAGAAAGAUUAUGAAGCCAAUGCGAAUGAUUUAAACACAGCAAAAGAAGAAAUCAAGCGAAUGGAAGCGGCCGUGAAAGAAGCCGAGCAAGCCCUAAAAGCCCAAGAGCAAGCGGAAACCGACAAGCGAACGGCCGAGGACAAAGCCAAAGAGCAAGAAGCCAAAGUCCAAGAGAAAGAACUUAACCUUGCCACAGUCAAAAGCGAACUAAACACGACGCAGAGCAAACUCACUAACUACGAGAAUUACCUUCAAACCAUUUUGGGAAUAAAUAACUUUAAUAAUUUUCCAAGUAAUAAUACAGGGAAAAGUCUAGUUGAUUUGGUUAAUUUCUAUAAUAAUAGUUGUCAAAAUCACAUUGACCGAAUAAAUACUUUACUUACUGCUAAUAGUAUUAACCAUUCUCAAUUAAAAAAACAAUUACAGGAUAAUGGACAUAUUGUUAACACCAUUCAAUUAGCCAAUAAGGAACAAAAAAUCAUUGACGAACUUAAUCGCGAUUUAAACCUCAACCUCCCAGAACCUAAUUUAAAAAAAGUUAUUAACCGAAUUCAACAGUUAAUUAAACAAGACCCAAUUACCAUUACUGAUAAUAGCACUAUUGAAAGUUUAGAACAAGAAUUAAACCAAGCUAACCAAACUAUUACUAAACUCGAAAAAGAACUUACUCCUUUCGGGGAAGAUUUAGCGGUAAUUAAACAACUAGAAUUAGAAAGUUUAGAGCAAUUAUUUAACCAAACAGUAGACAGUGCUAUUAAACAACAAAUUACCCAAGCAACUAGUUAUCAGCAAGUAGUUAGUGCCCGACAAGCCUUCAUUCAAAAACAUUUAGAGCAAAAACAAAAUGUUCAAUCUUUGCCGGUGAUUAGUCAAACGCAAAAAGAAUUAAUUCCCCAGCCAAACCAAGAAAGAAUUAUUUUAAUUAGUUGCUUAGUGGCUAGUUUGCUAACUGUUGGGGGAUUGUUGAUGAAAUCAAAAAUUAUUGGUGGAAGCAAGACCAAAGACCUAACUGACGAGCAAAUUAAUUUAAUUAAUCACGAGAUUCAACAAUUUGAAGUAGAAGGAGAUUUGAAACAAAUUAAAAAGCAGAAUAUUGAAGAAAAAAUUCGGAUCAAUUGUCUACAAGGUCGGCUGCAUUCCAUGGUUAGUUCGCGCACAGCCACUGGCUACCGGGGCACCAAAAAAUCUACUCCUUUUGCUGCCCAAAAAGCCGCAGAAGCCGCCUUAGAAAAACUAACUGAAUUUGGCAUUUCGUUAGUCGAAAUUAUUGUUUGGGGAAUUGGCAGUGGGCGGGACGCCGUAAUCAAAAAAAUUUGUAAUACCGCUGGUCUCCAAGUAGAAAAAUUGGUCGACAAAACUGCCCUGGCUUUCAAUGGUUGUCGACCCCGCAAAACUCCCCGUAAAGAAGAAUACGUAGUUACUGGCAAGGAUAUCCAAGGAGAAUUAACUGUCCUUAAUCCCGAAACUUAUUUGGCGACAGUUGCUCCUGCUGCCCAAUUGAAAAUUACUUUGUAUUGCUCCUAUCAUUAUGUUUCCCGGUCUGCCAAGGAACAAAAAUCAUUUUUUUCCCUCGAGAACAAAAAAAAAGAUGAAAGCGAUGCUUCCAACGGAGAAGACGAUAACAAACAAGAAAUUCAACUCCAAAAUGAAGAAAAUCUGAUUUUUCUCGAUAGCGAUUAUUGUCCAGUCAAAACACGCCAACAAUUGUUUACUAACGGUGAUAAACUUUUUAGAGCAGUCUAUGCUUAA